AUGGAAGCCCAAAAAUACAGCAGACCCUCGCAAGCACAAAAGCCACAGCGGCCCACCAAACUGGUGUUGGCCCUACGAGCACUUGUCCUUGGAGUCACAGUCGCCGGGAUCGUCGUAUCCUCUAUCCCUGCCCCGAAGAACUUUAUUGCAAUUGGAAUACUAGGACCAGCUUUUGUCACGACUUUCUGCUGGUCAGCUAUAGAAAUUCUGUACCCUCUGGUCAGGAUCUUCCCGCCUGCCUAUGUGUCAUUCCGUAUUCUUAUCGACUGCUUUAUUGUAAUUGGCUCGAUAAUCUGCCUGAUAUGCUUUGGUCUAUUCCGGGAUUGGUGGCCAGGGGGUAGUGCCCUCAGUUCAGAAGACGCGCCUUUGGCUCGAGAGAUACUAUUCCAAGCAGCUCUGGGACUCGCCUGCGCCUCGACAGUUCUUGAGAUCGUAAUCUGCAUCACUCAACUUUUGGAAAAAUAG